AAUCUCGCCAGACCGGAUACAGGACUGGGUUACUACACCGUCGUCUGCCUGCCAGCCUGCCCGCCCCAUCAGCGCCCGCGCGACCCCGCCAACGCACGACACAGUCACGCUAGCCUAGCUAGCAGACGACAAACAAAAAGGAAAGUCGAUAGAUCUAGCUCUUCAUUCUCACUUCGGAACGCACAGCGACACACAUUCAGUUUUCUGCACCCGACGACUUCUGUCUCCACACACAAACAGUCAAGAUGGCCAAAAUGGAAGCCAAACUGCGCAAGUUUUUCGACGAGGCUGACGCCGAUGGGAAGGGAACCCUGAGCAAGUUUGAGCUGUGCAAGGUGCUGCAGAGAGGGGGCUGCCCCGACUCCACCGAGGAAAUUGCUAGCUGGUUCGAUGAGAUUGACGUGAACAACGAUGAAGAGAUGACGUUUGAGGAACUGUGGACAGCCCUCAACAAGAGAGACCCAGACACAGUCACCGAGGCCGACCUCCGCUCUUCCUUCAAAGAGAUCGACGCUGACGGCACGGGCUACAUCACGAUCGACGAGCUGAAGAAGGAGUUCGAGGAACAGAACAAAGACUGCUCCGAGGUGGAGAAAAUUCUGGACAUUGUGGACACAAACGACGACGGCAAGGUCAACUUUGAGGAAUUCCUCGCCGCGUGGAAGGAGAACAAAUAAACUACACCACCUUUAUGUCUUUUGAUUAAUUAAAUAAUAAAUUAUGAAUGUAUA